UAGGCCAACUUUAAACCAUACCUGCUCGAGCGGUAUUUCUAAAUCGGCUCCACCCCCCUUCCCCCAUCCUACCUUCAUUUCCAAUUUUUUUUCCAGAGGUUUCGAAGAUUUUCUAACCGAUAUUGGAACAAGUGCCGGUGCAAAUAACUUGUGGACUCUAGUGGAACCUGCGAAUGCCAACUUCGCUUUAUUGGAUAUCACGGAACGGAAUCUAAACGAAGACGAAAUGAAACGUCAGCUUGAGAACAUGAAGAAGUUGAAGGAGUUUGUGACGAAGGCGAACAAAGUUCCACUGGGCAUCAUGGCUAUCGCACUGUACGGCAAGUCCAGCGAGGUUUGUGGCUACCUAAUUCAAUACCUAAAAGAUAUUUUCGUCCCGGAUAUAUUUCUUUCGUUUGCACAUGAGACAAUCUUUGAUGACCAGGAUGACAACUGCAGAAUAUUAGUCCCACAGUUCCUGCAAGACCCAAACACGAUGACUAAGCAGCCGCUGCCUUUCGGUCACUCAAUUGGUCAGGCUGUGGAGCUUCUGAAGUGCAUGUCGAACGCGAAACUUCAAAUGAAGCUGGCCCUUUUUGCGACACUUAAUGGAAGGUACUACAAGGCCGUUAAUGGAAUGAACCUGUUGGACAACUGCACCAUGGCCGGUAUAAGCGAAGAAGACUUCUACUACAAAACUACCUCUCGGAUUUGCUCCGAAAGCUUCAUGAAGGGCUCGAGGCCGGUACAGGUCUCCGACUUCGAGACUUACAGGAUUGAUAACGCAAAAACUAAAGAAGUGUACGUAUUGGACAGCCCAAACUUGCUUCAGCGAAAGGUUCGUCUUCAGAAGCGCUCCUCUGCCGAGUACCUUCCUGUGCUGCUCAAGAACUCCUCCAUGCUCUGCUAG